AUGGAACUGCAGAAUGGCAAUCUUCCGGCCUUCAAUUCGAAGUUCACUUUAUAUAUGGCAGUCUGUUGGAUUAUUGCAGCAUUUGGAGGGCUCAUGUUUGGUUAUGAUAUUGGAAUUUCAGGUGGGGUGACCGCAAUGGACGAUUUCUUGUUGAAAUUCUUCCCAGAAGUCUAUGAAAGGAAACGUCAUGCAAAAGAGGACAAUUACUGCAAAUAUGACAACCAACUUCUCCAACUUUUUACUUCUUCUUUAUAUCUUGCUGCUCUCUUUGCUAGCUUUGUUGCAUCAAAGUUGUGCACUGUUAUCGGCCGCAAGUGGACGAUUCGAUGGGCGUCGCUGUUGUUCAUUGCAGGAGCUGCCUUGACGGCAGGGGGUGUCAACCUUAUUAUGUUGAUCUUUGGGAGAAUCUGUUUUGGCAUUGGUGUUGGCUUUGGUAAUGAGGCAGUACCCCUAUUCUUGUCCGAAGUUGCUCCAUUCAACCAUCGAGGUGCCGUGAACAUUCUAUUCCAGCUCUUUGUCACAAUUGGGAUAUUGAUAGCAAACAUAGUUAACUACUUUACAUCAAAGAUGCAUCCAAACGGUUGGAGGUUAUCCUUAGCUAUUGCGGCUGUACCGGGUUUAGCUCUAUUCUUGGGUUCUUUCGUUAUUACUGAAACUCCCACAAGCCUUAUAGAAAGGAAGAAGUAUGAGAAAGGGAAAACAGUACUUAAGAAGAUCAGGGGUGUCAAUGAUGUUGAUGCUGAGUUUGAUCAAAUUGUAAGUGCAAGUGAGAUGGCCCAACAAGUGAAGCAACCCUUCAAGAAGCUCAUGAAGUUGUCAAGCAUGCCACCACUUAUCAUAGCCAUCUUUUUGCAAGUCUUUCAACAAUUCACAGGGAUUAAUGCUAUAAUGUUCUAUGCCCCAGUCCUGUUUCAAACAGUUGGGUUGGGGAAUGAUGCUGCAUUAUUAUCAGCAGUCAUCACUGGGCUUGUGAAUGUGAUUAGUACAUUGGUCUCAAUUUUGCUUGUUGAUAAAGUUGGGAGAAGGGUAUUGCUUCUUGAAGCUUGUGUUCAGAUGUUCAUCACACAGGUCACGAUCCGCAAGGUUGGCACAACUCGCUGUCGAUGGAGAGCCCAAGCUGAAUCGAAUCGGGAACAUGCGCUUGCGCCUGUUCCAUUUUGA